CCAAAUAAAAUAAAAAUUCAUCCACCAUACAAGAUAAAUACUACUACCAUUAUCACUCCUCAUCAGGCUCUACAUCUACAUAAGUCUCAUCAUUCUCAUCGGAAUUGUUGUCGACAUAGUCUUCUUCCACUUGUCCUGCAGGUGCACUUCCACUCCGAGCUUGAAAAGCUACAUAUACUUGAAAAGCUACAUAUAGACGGUGCAGAAGUAGGAGCAGGAUCGGAAGACGGUGCAGGAGCAGGAAUGCUGGUACUCUUAGAGCGUCCUCCACGUUUAGGACGAGAAGCCGAUGGUGCCUCACUUCCC